CAACCUCCUCCUAUGUACAUAUAUUAAAUAUACUUACAUUUUUAUUUUCAUCUAUACAUACACACAUCCUUAAAAAACAAAAAGAACUCUACAUAUAUACAUACAAAAUUACAUUAGUGUUAAACACUAGUUUGAUCAAGUCCUUGAAGUUUCUUUCAGUCUGCUGCUUUCUUUUGGAAAAUAGAGAUGAGUUCUGUCCAGGGACACGUCAUCUUCCCUGUCGCGGUCCGUGCAAAACAAACUAAAGUCCACACACCGCCUGCCAAUGGUCUCUCAAGGAAGUGUAAAUUUUCAAGUAGAUUCUGGGGUGUGAAAGGAGUAACUUGCAGGAAGACUAAUGUAGGUAAUCGGCUAAAAUUGCAUACUGCCAAGGUGGUAAUGUGUAGUUUCAGCUCAUCGUCCGAUGGUAAUGGUAGCAUGGCUGAGAAUUCUAAUGAGAAUGCGGAAUAUGUGAAUUGCACUGUCACUGAUGCUGUUGAGGUGAAGGGUAGUCCAGACGGUUUCAUGAUCAAAAUGAGCAAUGGCCAGCAACUAAGAUGUGCCCAUAACAAUGAUGAGGCCAAAACUCCAACUAAUUUCUCACCUCACCCUGCAAUUGUACUAAAGAUGGAAGAUGGGACUGGUCUUCUCCUUCCCGUUAUCGUUUUGGAGAUGCAGAGUGCAUUGCUCAUGGUAGCACUGAAAGAUGUCAAAGUUGCAAGGCCUACCAUGUAUGAAGUUGUGAUGCAAAUGAUUGAAAGAAUGGGUUAUACGCCGAAAAUUGUUCGUAUCACAGAGAGAGUAAAUGAAGCAUAUUUUUCACAGUUAUACCUAACAAAGUUGGGAGACGAAACGCAGAACAUUAGCGUUGACUUGAGACCCUCUGACGCACUUAAUAUUGCUGUAAGAUGCAAGGUACCAAUUCAGGUCAACAAAAAUUUGGUUUACAGAGAUGGAAUGAGAGUUAUCGAGACUACUAGUAUAUUUCAUGGCCCUCUAUCAGAUGGCAUCGUGUCUACAGAAUUAGACCCAAAAUUAGACAGGCCCAGUGGCCAACCGUGUCUUGAAACCGAGGAAUUUAAUCUUUUGCGCAACAUGUGGGUUGCCGCUGCUGAAGAGCGUUAUGAUGACGCAGCUGAGUGGAGGGAGAAAUUAAGCGAAUUCCGGUCGAAUAUGAAUGAGGCUUAGCAGGAGUUGGAACUUUCGUGUUUAGAUCCGUUGUAGUAGUGUCUGUGUUGAUCUUCUUCAAUGAGUAGGUAUUAGUAAAACGCUUGUGAAUAUUCAGUACUGUAACUUGUAUAUUAACUUAUGUUAACCCCUAAAUGUAGAAAGAUAAGUAAAGGUGUCUGUGUCAAAUUACUUUGUGUGUUUUCGACUUUUUAUGUUGUCUUCAGCAUAUCUUUUA